AUGUUCGCGUGGGCAGGUGCAGUAGGAGCCCAGUCGAUGGGCAUCGACCCAGACGAAGAACGGAAUGCACCACCUCCCCCAACACCAUUAGAGUUUCCACAAUAUGUUGGAAUUAAUGGCGAACAAACACAAACCGUAACGGACUUCAAUGUCAUCUACCGGCAUCUGUUGACACUCAGAAAACCUCAAGACAUCACAAUUGAUCACGUCAAGGCCUUCAAUUUGAAAGUCGAGACUGAUAUAGAGGGACUUCAAAUUGUACCUGAUGAGCUUUUACAGGGUCUUCCUCCACUAGUCUGGGACAAGAGUAGCGAUGACAACGAAGCCUCUGAAGCUCAUAAGAUGGGGAAUGGUGUUCCGUACCCACCCCGUGAGAAAUACGACGUCGUUAAGAAGGAGCUAUUGUUGGACAGCGAUGAUGCAUUCAGGGAGGCUUCAAGAAUGCCUCCUAAACCUGGGCGGGAUAGGGUGAGAUUGACCCAGUCGAGGAAAUUUUGGGUAGGACUUGAACGAAUGUCUCAGUAUUGGGACACUAGUCGGGACAAUUAUUAUGAUCGACUGGUCAGGGAACCCAGGCCGGAAGAGGGGACUCAAACUGUCAACAGUCCACAGCAACAGCAGACUAUUACAAACACAGGUGUUGGUGAUCCAAUGGACACAGGUGACUCGUCAGCUGGGGAAACCAAUUAUGAACGUGUCUACAAAGGACGUCGCCUCGGGACAGGCAGUGAAAUGCCAGCUGAUAUCCGCGACGAGACGAUGAGGGGACUCCUCGAAAUGGUAGCCUGGCCAUUCCAAUGCCAAGUAACUGUACCUUCCACCAUGCCCAGGUUACAUGUUCAAGGGUUACUAUUCCCCGUCCGCCACACGUUAGUCUCUGGAAGAGUCCCUCAAGACCGCCAGACAGCACGAAGCGGGAUACUAGAAGGGCCAGUAAUAGGGGUUCAAUGCCGGGAUGAGACGAAUUUUAACGAACCCAAUGGAAAACCGGGUUUCUGUAGCAAGGAGUUUUGCGAUUUAUUCCGUGAAAUCGGCGCCAUGCUCCUGUUAGCUCAAGAACGUGCUCGUGAAGGUACCGUUGAAGUCAGACCCGGGGAAGGCAAAUGGUGGACUACGGUGCCUCGGUUCGGUGGUGCUGAUCAUGAAGGUGUCACUGGCGAAGCAGCGAAUUCAAAUAAUGCAAAGGAGAAAGAAGACGACAAGGACGAUACCAACAAUCAGAGUAUGCAUAAGCGUUCUCGAUAUGCGAAUCCGCUAAUACCGUCGCGGCGGUCAGGGAGAUCUCGAAGGUUGACGCCUAGCGAGAAAUGGAAGAUUAUCGAACCCGGAAUGCAUUUGUGGGACAGAAAGAUGAAAUAUAUGCAGAUUGGCAAAAAGAGUGACAGUCCAUAUGACGAUAUCUACAUGCUUUCACAUAUCAACCAUCACGUCUCAAUCCUGCAUCUCAGAGUCCAUCGACGAUAUAUCGAAUGUCUUACCACGGGUAGCAGUGAUCUUGAUGAGCGGGGUACUCCAGAACAGCCAUGGAAUGUCCUCAAAUUACGUCGGACCAAGUGGUACGAUCUGUUGGAUUCCGAGCAUCGACUAGAAGUGUUUCACAGUCUUUGGAGGUUAUAUCAUUAUUUAAUGAGAUGA